CUUAUAAAAAUACGUGGAUAACAUUAUUGUUGAAUCAAAAUUUCAAUUCGACAUUUAUUAAUUCAAUUUUGGAAAUUUUUUUGGAUUUAAAAUUUGGUCGAAAAUUCCAAAUUGUGCCUUCGAUUUCAAAAAAAAAAUUAUGAACAUACCAAGUAAAAUAAUACCACAAUUAUAUCUUGGUACUUUACAACAUGCUCGUGAUAUAUCAUUAUUACAAGAAUUACAAAUAAAACAUGUAUUAAGUGUUAUCAAUGCACAUGAAGCAAAAUUAUUACCAAAAUUUUAUCUAUACGAUAUACAAAAUCGUCAAUAUGAACGUUUCGAUAAACCAACCGAAGAUUUAUUGACAAUUUUCCCUGAAACAAUACAUUUUAUUAAUCAAGCAAUAAAUGUACGUCAUGAAAAUAUUCUUAUACAUUGUCAUAUGGGUAUAUCACGUAGUGUAACAAUUGUUGUUGCAUUUUUAAUGAAUAAAUGGCAUCUUUCAACACAAGAUACAUUAAUAUUUGUUCGUACGAAACGUUCCAUUUGUAAUCCAAAUGAUGGGUUUGUUUAUCAAUUAAAUCUAUAUAAUCAAAUGAACUAUCGAUUGGAUAUACAGAAUAAAGAAUUUCGUCAUUUUUUAUUAUAUAAAACAAUAUUUCCAUUUUUAUCCAUUGAUACUGUACAUCAAAUGUUGGAAAAAUAUUGGUAUAUGAUGCAACAAUAUGAACGACUAAAUGAUAAUCAACAACAACAACAAUGGUAUCGUUGUCGAAAAUGUUCUUAUAAACUUUUCAAUGAUAUUCAUAUACUAGAAUCAAAUCGUUUAUUAUUUCAAUAUCCAACUACAAUACGUUUUUUAGUACGAAGGAAUAUAUUUUUAUGGGAAAUUUCUGGAAAAAAUUGUAUGAAAUUAACUGAUUUUGAUUCAUUAACUUGUAAUAAAAUAUCAUCAUCACCACCAUCAUCAUCAAAUCAACAAUCAAAUUUUGAUUGUAAUCAAUAUAUAAUUGAACCAUUACAAUGGACAAUUAAAUCAACAUUUGGUGAAAUGGAUACUGAUUAUCAAUUACAUUGCCCAGGUUGUUCAACUGUUAUCGGUACAAUACAAAUUCGUUCAACACCAAAAAUUCAAUGUAAAUGUUCAAUUCAUUGUGAUUGUUUUUCAAUCAUUAGUAUUGUUGUUGAUAAAAAGGCUGUUAUUGUUUAAA